UUUGUUUGGAUAUCCUCAUUUUUGUCAUCUGGAAAUGUCUGCUCUUAUAGACGCUGCCAAAUUUUAACUUUUCGAUCCCAUACAGUAUCUUCAUUAACAAUAAUCAAUUCAUUACCAACAACAAAAAUAUUUCCUUUUUUUUUUUUUUUUCUUUUUUCCUUCUAAUUAUUCAGCUUUCAUCUACUCCAUACAGAAAAAAAGCAGUUUUUUUUUUUUUUUUUUUUUUUUUUUUUGGGUUGAUCGAUUUUGGGGUUAUAUCAGUUUGCUCUCACACUGGUACUUGGUUGACAUUUUUAAUUAUAUCCUUUAUAUAAAACUCCCUCUUCAACUUCUUCCAUUUUCAAUAUUGGAUUUCAUGUCUCGAUUUUCAUUGAUAAACAAAAAGGAAUAUAAUUUCUGUCACUUUCUCUGUAAACCAAUUUUCUUUUAGGGGUUCUUGAUUGUUUCAAGAAGUGGAGGAGUUUUUUUUUUUUUUUUUUGGGUGGGUUUCCUUGAUUAUCAUCAAUCUUAUUGUUCUAUUAAACUUUUGGGUUUUUGUUGUUGGGUUUUGAGAAACAAAGUAGGCUCUGUUUCCAAGGAAGAUAUUCUGACUUACUGGGUCACCAUUUCUAUGAUCAAAGAGAGAGAGAGAGAGAGAGAGAUGGGUUUUUGGAUAGGUACAGCUGCUGUUGGUUAUGUAACAAAGUGUUGGCAGAAACUAUUUUCAAGGAAAAGUUCAUCAAAAUCAAUUCCAGCGGAUUCAGUCCAUGGGAAAACCGAAAUCAAUGCUGAUUUGGGAUUUCAAGUAGCUUCUACAAGUGGGAAAGAUUGUGAAGGGUGUCAAGCUCCAUUAAUUGAAUAUGGAAGAGAAAAGAUUGAUGGGCUUUCUGGUGAACUAGUUUCUGACUUGACUUUGACAGGAAAAUGUGGUUACUUACAGAGAUUUCAAGGAAGAAGAAAUCAUAGAAGUUGUUCUACUGGUUAUGCUGUUAAACUACCGAGUCCCUUAGAAAGUAGUAGUCUCACAGCUCAGUUUCUGUAUGGAAAUCAUACUAGAAUGGAAGACUAUGUGUAUAGUCCAUUUUCAUCACCAUGCACAAUGACAGUAAGCCCUUUGAUGGUCAAAGAUGGAAGCAGAAGAAUCAGUAUUAAUUUCAAUAAGAAGACAUUGUUGGAGAAUGGGGAUGAGGUUCAAAAUCAUCGUGGCCUGGAAAAGUAUAAAACGAGAUUGAGAUCAGUCGAAUAUGCAAGAAUUAGGAAGCAAAAUGUAAGAAGAGGGAGAUAUAGAAGACGGAGCAACUUCGCAACAAGAGCAUUCACUGAACCAGUUCAUUCACAGGGCUCUUCCAAGGGAAUGGUUCUUUUCUUCCUCGGGGUCACUGUUGGUAUGGUUUCCACCAUCAUUGCUACUAAAAGAGAAAUGGACAAGUUAAAUGAGCAGUUGAAGCAGACUCAAAACUUGGUUGAAGAUUUAAAUGAGGAGCUUGUGAUGAAAGAUUUGCUGAUGGUAAAGGAGCUCACUAUCGAUGGUUCGGAAUGCCAGGGAACAUAUGAACACUCUGUGGUCAAUGGUAUAUCAACUGCAUUUUCCCCUGAAAGAAAACUAGAUAAAGUUGCUCAUUGUGGUAGCAAAGAGUCUGAUGAUAUAAAGGCAUACUACUCUGAAGAAAGGAGUAAAAUUGAGGCAGAGCUUGAAGCUGAGCUGGAGUUGCUGGAACUAAACAUCAAGAAAUCUAGCUUGCAGAGAACAUCCCACUAUGAUAUGGUGGAUUCGUACUUCGGAAAAGAUGAGUUUCAAGGAGAUCUGAAGCUUGACAAGCUCAACUGGGAUUUAGACCAUGGCAAAAGCAGGACUCCUAUUAGUCACACUAGUGAAGCAAAUGCUGUGUCACCUUGGGAGCUGAGUUUUCAUCUUCAUGAAAUCAUCCAGUCGAGGCUCCAAGAUCGUAUCAUGGAACUUGAGAGAGAACUUGAAAAUAGCCAAAAAAUGGUUCAGUCCAUGGAUCUAGAAAAAAUAGUGCCUAAGAGGAACUCCUAUAGUGAAUUAGGAUCUCAAUCUACUGAAGAUAUCCCAGCUGGGAUUCAAGAAGUUAGUGAGUUGGACUGUCAUUUGACGACCAACUUGUCAGAAGAGCUAAAUUCUUCCAACCAGGCUUAUGAGGAGACUAACAAGAUGACUAAAAUGGACAAAGAAGCUCCAACAGACACAAUGUGUUUCCGUGACUGCAUUCACAGAGUAAAACAUCCUUUUGACAAGAAACCAUCAGAAGGCCAAAAUGGAGGGGAUAACUUUUUCGUUUCGCAUUAUGGUUUCAACGAAGAAAGAUGGUCAAGGUUCUUAAAUCAUGAUAAAAUAACGCCAUGGGAGGAAAGCUUUCCUGGGAGCUUCAGAUCAUCUAAGAUUGCUGAGAAUGCAGAUAUCGACGAAGGUGAUGAAGAUGAGAUAGACAAGCAUUUGAUAAAGAAGAUUGUGGAGAAAUCAAGAAGAGGGUAUCACCCUUCAGUUUUGAAUGCUCAAAGAUUGUUUCUGUGUUCAAUAGAUGAUGAUAAAAUUCUUCAUUUAGAAGAAAAAGAAUACAUGUAUUCUGUAUAGUCUAGUCUUAGGCAUCUAAUUUUUUUAACUCAAAGAUACAGAAUGAAAGAUAAUGAUUAACAGUUUAAUGGUUUACAGAAAUUGAACACACUGUUCAGUCUAAUAUUGUAAUCCUAAUUCCUCUUUCUCUUUGACAAAGAGAUAUGUCUUCCAAGUUCAAUUUUUCCAUCCAUAUUCUCAUCAUGGAAAAUAAGAUGGUGAGUUGGUGUUAUUCUGACAAAGCGAGCUUUCAAUUUUCUUCAACCUAUGGCUCUCCUAGAAUAAGCAAGAACAAUUCUACAAGAACUGCCAACUUUCCACUUUAUACCAUCCUAUUCUACCAUUUGAUCAAAGUUAAAAGGCAUGAAAUGUUAUAGGUAUAUAUGAAGCUUAUGAAAUGCAGAAAAGCAACAGAAAGAGGUCACUUGGAUUUUUAUAGUAAUAUAUAUUUCCAAAUGUCGUUUACUUUCCAUCCAAAGUGGUAUAAGACAUACGGCAAUUGAGACAGAAGACAAGGCAGUUGAUGCAGCAUGAAUGAGAUCUAGAGGACUAUUAUUGCUGGAAAACUAGAAAAAUUAUUUAUUUUCCAAAAACAUAAAUAAAUAGAAAUAUAUAAAAAGUAAUUAUGAUUAUAACUUUUUCAUAAUAUGAAUCUUAUAUGAAAUUCAUAAUCUUAAUCAUAUAUGAAAAUGUGUUAUAGGGUCUAGGUGACAACCUGAAAAAUGUCUUCUUCAACUGAGCAGGCUUCUGCUUACAGGGGACAAUAAAUAUAAACCAAAGAGAGGAGGUCGAAGAUAGCAUAAUAAAAUGGCUAUGGGACUUUUACCCAAAAAAAAUCUCAAGUUUGCAUUUAUAAAUGAUUUGCAUUGUACAAUUUACAGAGGAAAGAGCUUCUUGUGUCUAAAAUAAAACAGGAAAGAAGAGUACAAUAAGCAACAGAAAA